CGGAACCGGAGGCAGCGUGCGGUUGCUCGGCUCAACCAGUCAAAAUGCUCAGAAUUACGAUCAGGGCAGAAAUGGGAUCCCUUUGGAUUUUGUUCGGUGUCAUCUACUCUCAGUUCUUGGCCGUAUCCUCUGAUGACAUAGUUGUGGCAUGCGGUGGAUUCGUGAAAUCCGACGUUGAAAUCAAUUACUCUCUGAUCGAGAUUAAACUAUAUACCAAACAAGGAUCACUGAAAUAUCAAACGGAUUGUGCUCCAAUCAAUGGUUACUUCAUGAUCCCUCUCUAUGACAAGGGAGAUUUCGUUUUGAAGAUCGAGCCUCCGCUUGGGUGGAGCUUUGAGCCUACCAGUGUCGACCUGCAUGUGGAUGGAGUCAGUGACAUUUGCACGAAAGAAGAAGACAUCAAUUUUGUUUUUACGGGAUUCUCAGUGUCAGGAACGGUUCUGAGUAAGGGCCAUCUCAUGGGCCCGGCUGGCGUGGAAGUCAAACUCAGCCGAGCCGGAACAGGGGAGAAGCUCCAGAGUGUCACCACACAGCCUGGAGGAAAGUAUACCUUCUUUAAAGUACUACCAGGAAAGUAUGACAUCACAGCUUCUCAUCCUUCCUGGACUCUCGAACAGAGUACUACCUCAGUGCACGUCUCCAAUGCCAAUGCCCCGGCCGCUGACCAUCUGGUGGUUGGAGGCUACGAUGUCUCGGGGGAGGUCCGCAGUGAUGGAGAGCCCAUGAAAGAGGUCACCUUCCUGCUUUACUCAGCCACAGUCAAGAGAGAGGACAUAAGUGGCUGCAAUACUUCCCCAGUGGAGGGUGCAGAUUCUGGGGACAGCACGCUGGUCUACCUGUGCAGCGCUCUGUCCAGAGAUGAUGGUGUCUUUGUCUUUCCUUCGUUAGCCAGCGGCGAGUACACUGUGAUACCUUUCUACAGAGGAGAAAGGAUCACUUUUGAUGUUGCUCCUUCUAGGAUGAAUUUCAAGGUGGAACACAACAGCUUGAAACUCGAGCCUAUCUUCCGUGUGAUGGGCUUCUCUGUGACUGGCCGGGUUCUCAACAGUCCUGAUGGGGAAGGUGUGCCCGAUGCUACAGUCUACCUAAACAACCAGAUCAAGGUUGUCAGCAAAGAAGAUGGCUCUUUCCGGUUGGAGAACAUGACAGCUGGUACCUACACCAUCCGUGUCAACAAAGAGCUCAUGUUCUUCGAGCCAGUCACAGUGAAGAUCGCUCCUAAUACGCCUCAACUUCCUGAUAUCGUCACAGCAGGGUUCAGUGUUUGUGGCCAGAUCUCCAUCAGCCGCCUGCCUGAAGGCAUGAAGCAGCAAGGUCGCUACAAGGUCACUCUGACGCACAAGAGCACAGACAAGGCUUUCGUUCGGACUGUUGAAUCUGACCAUCAGGGGGCCUUCUGCUUUCAGGCCAAACCCGGAGACUACAGUGUCCAUGUAUCUCUACCUGAAGCAGAGGUGAAAGCAGGCCUGGCUCUGCAGCCUCAGGCCCUGGACAUCUCCCUUGUGGAUCAACCACUCACAGACCUAGUUUUCACCCAGUUCAUGGCUUCUGUUUCUGGAAAGGUGUACUGUCUAGCUUCCUGUGAUGACCUCUCUGUAACCCUGCAGCCAGCGAGUAGGCAGGGGGAGAGGAGGGCAGUGGCUCUGUCUGGGAGCAGCGACAUCCUCAGCUUCUCUUUUGACAACGUUUUGCCCGGGAAAUACAAAGUAAGUAUUUCUCACGAGGAGUGGUGCUGGAAACAUAAGUCAGUGGAGGUGGAGGUUCUGGAAUCGGACGUCUUGGGGGUGGAGUUCAGACAGAUUGGCUACAUCCUGCGCUGCUCCCUUUCCCAUGCCAUCACUUUGGAAUUCUUCCAAGAUGGCAGCAAACCUGAAAACGUUGGCGUGUACAACCUCUCUAAGGGAGUGAACCGCUUCUGCCUCUCCAAGCCUGGUGUUUACAAAGUCACCCCUCGCUCCUGCCACCAAUUUGAGCAGGACUUCUACACCUACGAUACUUCAGCCCCCAGCAUCCUGACCCUGACUGCAGUGCGGCAUCACAUGACAGGACUCAUCACCACUGACAAGAUUCUAGACGUCACAGUCACGAUCAAGUCGUCCAUCGAGAGCGAGCCAGCGCUCGUGCUGGGUCCGCUGCGGAGCCUGGAGGAACAGAGGCAGGAGCAGCAACUGCAGGAGAUCGAGCUGCGCCGUCAGGAGCGAGAACGUCGUGCAGCUGAAGAGGAAGGAGGUGCCAGAGAUGAUAGUCCUCCUAUCCAAGAAAAGGCUGAUGAACUGACAGGCCCUUUCCACUAUGAGUUCUCCUACUGGGCCAGGGCUGGUGAGAAGAUCACAGUGACUCCCUCCUCGAAGGAGCUGUUGUUCUACCCUCCUGAAGUAGAGGCAACUAUCACCGGAGAGACGUGUCCAGGUCGGCUGGUGGACAUCACUGGUCGUGCAGGUCUUUUCUUAGAAGGCAAGGUGUCACCAGAGCUACAAGGUGUGGAAAUAUCUAUCACUGAGAGAGGCGCUGCUACACCACUCAUUACUGUGGCCACUAAUGAGAUGGGAGCAUACAGUGUGGGUCCGCUCCACAGUGACCGGCAGUACGACAUCAGUGCAAGUAAAGAAGGUUUCGUGCUGAGUCCCGUGGAGGGCACCCAGGGAGAUUUUAAGGCAUUUGCUUUGGCUGGUGUCACCUUCAAGAUCAAAUCGGAGGACGGUCAGCCUCUCGCCGGCGUGCUUCUUUCUCUGAGUGGGGGUCAGUUUCGCUCCAACCUUUUGACUCAAGACACUGGCAUCCUCACUUUCAAUAACUUGAGUCCUGGUCAGUACUACUUCAAGCCCAUGAUGAAGGAGUUCCGCUUUGAGCCGGCAUCUCAAAUGAUUACGGUGGAGGAGGGUGAAAACCUCAGUAUUGAUAUAACUGGCAUCAAAACUGCAUACAGCUGCUACGGAAUGGUGCAGUCUCUCAACGGGGAUGCAGAAUGGGACGUGGCUGUGGAGGCAGUGGGUCAGGGAGACUGUAGCCUCUACAGCGAGGACACGGUCACUGAUGAGGAGGGCCGAUUCAGACUCAGGGGUCUGCUGCCGGGUUGCAAAUAUCUCAUUCAACUGCGAGCUGAAGGCAACGACCACAUAGAGAGGGCCUUGCCACAACACAGAGCUAUAGAGGUUGGCAGUAGUGACAUUGAAGGGGUCAACAUUAUCGCCUUCAGGCAGAUCAAUCAGUUUGACCUCAGUGGAAACAUCAUCACGUCUCCUGAACACCUUCCAACACUAUCAGUGAAAUUGUAUAAGAGUGAUAAUCUGGACAAUCCAAUCAACAGCGUCUCUCUGGGACAGUCCCUUUUCUUUCACUUCCCUCCUUUGGACAGAGAUGGCGAGAGCUACGUACUGAUGCUGUACUCCACACUGUCCCGUUCCCAAUAUGAUUUCACACUGCCUCAAGUCUCCUUCACUUCCACUGGCUACUACAAACAUGUCACUCUUACCUUCCACCCUACUCGUAAAGUGCCUGACCAGGAUGUUGCUCAGGGGUCUUACAUAGCUUUGCCGCUCACUCUACUUCUCCUCUUAGCGGCCUACAAUUAUGAGAAGGUGAUUCCCCUUUUGUUACAGUUGGGGAGCCGCAUCCAGGGAGUGAGGAGCAUGGCUCAAGCCAGCAGCGAAAGUGCUGCUAUGGAUGAAGCCAAACGUCAGGCCAAGAGACAGAAAGCCAGGCGAACAUGAAGUGCACAUUAAGCCGCAUCUUCGUACACUAAAUUGCCCACUAGCAUCCACGACCCCAGCAUCGGAAAGCAAUGGGUUACCAGGGUUACACAUCUUCAUUGUUACCAACCAAGUGCUGUGUGUGCUAGUGAACUUUUUAGCUUGCUAAGGUGUGUUUGAAACGGGGCCCAGGUGAACCCAACAUGAACCACUCAACACCCUUUAUCACCACCACCUCCACCUCAUCAGCCACUUUGAUUCACUGGACCGAUAGCUGACAUUUUACAGACUGUUUUUUGUCCACAGUUAAUCUUAGUCGAAGAAAAUUGUUGAUAUUUGUAAUAGAAUAUGAGCCAUUUUUUGUAUUUGUAAUUUAUCCAGGUCAACAACAGUGUUUUGUGGGUUUUUGUUUGCUUUUUUUAAUGAGUACAAUGCUUAUUUUAAUAGUCCUAAUAAUAUUUAGGACUGUGAGACAUUGUAUGCCUAUCAGCACUGGGGCCAAGUCAUUAAAACGUGGCUUUAAUUUGACAAAGCGUUAGCUUAAAGCAGCAGUUCUCAAACUUUUUUUCCUGGCAUGCCUCCAUUUAGAAGCUACACACACACACACACACACACACACACACACACACACACACACACACACACACACACACACUCUUUCUCAGCAUCAGCAAAGUUGAUUAUUUUACAUACAUAAAUUAUAGUCAUAAAGUUUAAUUUAACUUUGUAUUUUUUCUCUGGGUCAUCCGCAACCCUCCUGCAGUGGAUUUAUGCCCCACCAGGGGGGCCCGCCCCAUAGUUUGAGAACCGCUGGCUUAAGGAUAUUUAAAGUUUCCAAACUAUGUGCUGGUCUUUUCACAAGCUUAAAAUGUUUUGAACUUGAUGUGUCCCCAUGGACUUGAUCUAAGACUGAACUGAGCCUUAUAAUCCCAUCAGAAACAAGGGACUCUGUAACUUCCAGUUACGAGUGAAAGACAACCAAAGAUGUUAACGAGCUAAUAUGGUUGUUAGUCAAAUUACAUCAGACAGUGUCAAUCACCAAUGAAAUACUGUAAUGCAUUCACUCCUGAUGGCAUUUUAUUAGGCGUUAAGUGUGAUGUUAGACUUUUUGACUCCUCUGUUUGCUCAGGUACAGGAUGCGGGAAAUUUCGGUUUGAAUACUGUGUUUUUGUUUUCUUUGAAGGAUGGGCUGCGGUGGCGGGGUAGGGAGUGAUAGGGCUAACUAAGAGUUGAUUAAUUUAUUAACAUAUGUUUAAUCAGAUGUGAACGAUAACCUAGUUUGAAUGCUCUGACAUGUUUUUUCAGAAGUGUGGUUGAUUUCAUUUUUUUCUCAUUUAUCUUCCAUAAGAUUAAAUAUGUGUGACAAGCUAAAUUAAUUUUCAGAAGACCCAUGUACUGAAUUGAAAAUGAAUAUCUGCAAAGGGUUGUUCAUGACCUUUAGAUAAACUUAGAAAGAUGAGGCAGGAUUGUGAUUUCAUAAGCUCAUUGUUUUACUGCAGAGCAGUUUAAUGCACUGUGAAAUCUAUGUACCCCAGCUCUUUUUUUCUGUAUUGAAUUCAUCUGAACUCAGCGGUGGCUGCCUUUUACAGAAAGAUGAAAAGGCCACUGACUAUUUACUGAGUUGAAAGAUAUUCCAAUUAGUCCACAUUCAGAAGUUGAUUACUUUGGUUGGGGUGGGAGAUGGAAGAUGAGGGAGGUGGGGUGUAAUUGUCAUUUGUUCAGAAUCUGUUAAUUUUUCAGAUAAUCAAUAAAGUUUGACCAGAAUAAGAUUAC